AUGGAAGUGAUUGAUAAACUUCAAGAAGAUCUGGUGAAUUAUGAUAGUGACGAAUGUAAUUCCGAAUUCAUUUAUCCCGCAAAGAGAAGAAAAAGUGAAGCUGAUCAUACCAUAUCAUGCAAGAAACAUCAAUGUGACGAGCCCGGGUGUCGCAAAUAUUUUAGUACAAAAAGUAAUUUAAAGGUUCAUCAACGUUCUCAUUCUGACGAAAGACCAUUUAAAUGUAAAGAAGAUGGAUGUACAAAGACAUAUACCACUUCACAUGGAUUAAAAAUUCACGAAAAAAGUUAUCAUGGAGAGAAACCUUUCUCCUGUGAUGAGCCCGGAUGCAAUAAAUCAUUUGGCACGGAAAUUAAUUUGACGAUUCACAAACGUUCACACACCGGCGAAAGACCAUUUAAAUGUAUGGUAUCUGGUUGUGCAAAGUCCUAUACUACCUCACACGGAUUAAAAGUACAUGAACGAAAUCAUAAUGGUGAGAAACCUUACGUUUGCGAUGAGCCGGGAUGCGAAAAAUCAUUUUUUACAUCAAGUAGUUUACAAGUUCAUAAGUGUAUGCAUUCAAAGGAUAAACCUUAUGCAUGUGAUGAACUAGGAUGUACAAAGGCAUUCAAGCGUCCUGAUGAUUUAAAAACUCACAAACGUAAACAUACGGGAGAUUUGUAUUUCAAGUGUGAGUUUGCUGAAUGUGAUAAGAAAUUUUCUAAAAUGAGUCACCUACAAAAUCAUCGUAGAGUUCAUACAGGAGAAAGACCUUAUGAAUGUAAAGAAUGUGGCAAGAGAUUUAGUCAAUUAGGCAAUUUGCAAAUUCAUGAAAAAACCCAUUCUGAUGAGAAACCUUUUAUUUGUGAAGUGACCGGAUGUAAGAAAGCAUUUGUUUUAUUGGGAAAUUUGAAGAAACAUCAAAGCACGCAUUCAGAAGAUAAACCGUUUAUUUGUGAUCUACCUGGAUGUGACAAGACGUUCAAAAGAUCGGAUGUUUUAUUUAGACAUAAGAAAAAUCAUGAUUUGGCGAAAAUCUAUGCUUGUGAAGAGAAUGGUUGUAAAAAAUCAUUCACGAACUUUACAAGAUUACAAACGCAUAAAUAUACACACUUAGAUGAAAAGCCAUGGAAAUGUGGAGAAACAGGAUGUGGUCGAAUGUUUAGUAGAAUGAAUGAUUUAAGAACCCAUCAGAGAUUACAUACCGGAAAUAAAUUAAUGAUUUGUAGCUUUCCGGAAUGUGGAAGAAAAUUUACUCAUUCGGGUCAUCUAAGGGAUCAUGAGAGGUCUCACACCGGAGAGAGACCUUAUAUUUGUGAUCAUCAGGGGUGUACAAAAGCAUUUACUACCGCAAGCAGUUUGCAAAGACAUAAAAGGAAACACAUUGAUGAAUUUAUUAAUUCCAUUAAUAUGAAUGCUAUUCAUAAACACGUUGACGUAUGA